AUGGAUUUCUUUCUACCCUUUAUCGGCGUACUCGGAUCCCAGGCAUUGCUAUCUGCUCGGAAUAUCUUUGGCGCAGGGCAAACCACUAAGCCUACGUCGACGGAGAGCGUCAGCACAUAUCAGGACCCGUGGAGUGAGUCAUCCAUUGAGUCUUCUGGGUGCGACAAGCCUGUCGUUGCUUCCACAACAAGCGAAAAGAAGGAUUGCGCAAACGACGAUACAAGCGCGGUGAAGAAGCAGAACAAAGACCCCAGGAUGACGCAUAUCGGCGCGGACGUAAGCGCAUCAAAGUCGGAUGAGAGCAAAGUAUCAACGGACAAAAACCCCCCGACUGCCAAUUCUGACGACGAGAUGAUCCUCGACUGUAUCACGGUUCAAUCCCACUUUGUCAUUGGCAUCACUUCUUCGCCGACCGACAACCAACCUAUUACCAGCAGCCUCAAGAAGAGAAAGUGGGAGGAAUCGGUCCGCACAUCUCUCUUCGACGUGCUUCACAGCCCAAGCCCCAAGAAGCGUCUCACCAGAAGCCCUCCUGCUACUACAGCCAGGGGCAUCUCUUUCAACACCCGCACUCCACUUCGCAAUACCACGGCGACCAAAACCGAUGACCACCUGGCCGACACUCCGACCCCAUCCAAGAUCCGACUUCGCCUUACCUCCCCCGUGCAGAUGGCCGUCUACAACAGCAAAGUUGCACGCACCCCGAGUUCGGAGCCCGAGGUGUCCAACUCAUCCGUUGGAGGCGCGCCCGACAUGGAGUGGACCGAGAAGGACAUGGCGAAGAAGAAGGAGAAACCCAAGGCAGGAGAGAGUGUCGACCAAAGGCCCAAGACACAGACACCCCGUCAUCGUAUCCGCCAGCGUACGUCGCAAAAGACCUGGGACGACCUAAGUGUCGUUGACCAUAGGGGGCUGCUGGACACCAAGGCCAACCAACAAAACUCGACUGGAACGCCGCGACGGAAACUUCAGCAGUGCAAGUGGGUGCGGUAUCGGGAACCGGAGAUCAAUGUCUUGAUGCCUGAUGCGAUGGUGAAUGGGCGGGUGCCGAGGUUGGUGUUGACGGAUCCGGAGGGCAGACAUUAUUCGCUGGAGGAUAUGCGGUUUUCGAUGCAGAUGGCGUUGUCGAGGAAUCGAAGUGGGUAA